AUACUUUGCAAUAUUUUGAUUGAACGAAAGCAAUUUAAUAAAUUUCAAUACAAUUGUGAAAAUAUUUAACAAAAGGCUCAAUAACAAGUAAAUCUGCGUCAGCAAUUUAUGAAUCCUACAAUAACAAGCUGAAGCAAUUGCAUUUGUUGCUGCUGCUGUUAGUGUGGUUGGUGAAUUGAGAUGGCAUCAACAAGCACUGCUACAGCGCCUUCCCAGGAUGCCUGCUAUAUAUCAUUGCUAGGCCUUGCCGAGCAUUUUCGUACAUCGAAACCGCCAAACAUUAAGAAAUGUAUACAGUGCUUACAAGCGUUGUUCACCUUCCAGCCACCGACAAAAGUGGAAGCACGCACACACCUACAAAUGGGCCAAAUAUUGAUGGCCUAUACAUUGAACACCGAUUUAGCGCGGAAUCAUUUAGAAACUGCAUGGAAACUUUCUGAGACUUUGGUACAUUUUGAUGACGUUAAGUUUGACACCGCCUCGCUAUUAGCACAGUUACACCUGCAGUUGGAACAAAAUUCUCAAGCAAAGGCGAUGCUGCGCCGUGCUGUUGAAUUGUCGCAGCAUAAUGUCUUUUGGCAUUGCAAACUGUUGUUACAACUUGCGCAAAUACACGCGUCAGAUCGGGAGUAUUCUUUAGCUUCUGAAUUAUUGGCCGUUGGUGUAGAGUCAGCUGAGGAGACCGGUGCUACUUAUCUCAAAGUGUUAUUUUUAUUGUCGCGCGCUAUGAUAUUAAUGAUAGAGCGGAAGACAAACGAUGUAUUAGCGUUGUUAAAUACGGCGGGUGCAAUUAUUGAUAACAAUAUAACUAAUGCUCAUCAGAAGGAAUACUUGAAAGUAUUUUUCCUAGUACUGCAAGUCUGCUAUUACCUUGCGUUGGGUCAGGUGAAAACCGUAAAACCCAGUUUAAAACAAUUGCAAACGUCGAUCCAAACAAUAAUGGCACCCAACUGGCCAACCGAUGAAGCGAUAUUUGGACAAAACGCGUUAGAAAUGUUCGUGUGGCUACCUAAAGAACAGUUAUAUGUUUUAGUAUAUUUAGUGACGGUAUCACACUCAAUGAUGGCCGGUUAUAUGGAUAAGGCACAAAAGUACACAGAAAAAGCGUUAACACAAAUCGAAAAAUUAAAAGCGCAAGAUGACAAACCUAUAUUGUCAGUGUUCAAGGUGAUAUUACUGGAGCACAUUGUAAUGUGUCGCAUGGUGAUGGGCAAUCGUAUUCUGGCAAUCACCGAAAUUGCAGCAGCGCGAGAUGUUUGCAUUGCAUCGCCCAAUCGAGGUUUACUUCGGCGUCAUUCAGCACAACUACAUUGUCUAUUAGGUUUAUAUUCAAUGUCUACUAGCUUUUAUGAGCACGCAGAACGGCAAUUCAUAGCUUGUGUAAUGGAAACAUCUGAACGUGACCUAAAAUUAUUUGCUAAUUUAAAUUUGGCAAUUAUUUUUCUACGGACAAAGCGCGAACAGGAUCUAAAACAAAUUUUGGACACCGUAUCCACAGAGAAUACGCACACGCAUAGUAGUCAAGCACUAAUGGGCGGUUUCUAUUAUGUGCAAGGGCUACAUGCGUUUCAUAAAAGCAGUUUUCACGAGGCCAAACGAUUCCUACGCGAGACCUUAAAAAUGGCCAAUGCUGAAGACCUCAAUCGUUUAACAUCCUGUUCUUUGGUACUACUAUCACAUGUCUUCCUCAGCAUAGGCAACUCGAAGGAAAGCAUGAAUAUGGUUACACCUGCUAUGCAGUUGGCUUCCAAAAUACCCGAUAUUCAUGUACAAUUGUGGGGCUCAGCCAUACUCAAAGAUCUGCAUCGCAUGUCCAAAGAUUUAUUACACGAGAAAGAGGCAUUUGCCAAUCAUGUAAAAUACUCGGAAAAUCUGAUUGCUGAUCAGCGUAAAUGCGUGCAGAGUGUACACCAUGCGUUAAUUAAUUGGUUCAAUUCCGAACCGCCGUCAACUAGUGCAAAUAGUUUCGAUGAAGGUGGUGGUGGUGGUAAUAGUGGCGGUUCUGUCGCAAGUGGACACAUGACACAAGUGAGACAAUUUACGUAAAACUUACAUCACAAAUUUAUACAUACAUACAAGGCGGAUAAAAUAUUGUAAAUUUACCACCAAAAUGAUACGCAAAUGAAUAAUAAUAAACUGCGCCACUACUAAAAAUAUAUAACAGCAGUUGCAACAGCCGAGCAAGUGACACGUACACGCUGCAUUAAAAUACUUAAACACAUAUUUAAUUGACCAAGUUAAUGUAUUAAAUUUUAAAAAGUUCAAACA